GCCUGGCUCUUACUGGAGUAUGGCUUGCCUUGCCUUCCUUUUGUGGGUGGCCUGGGUGUUUGGGGACCGCUGCUCUGUCAGGCCAGAGUCGAAUCGCUUUGCGCUUCAGGUCAGGGUUUGGAAGCAUGGGUGGUCACAGCAAUGAGGGUUCUGGAAGUUCUGGAAGUUCUGAUUCUGAUGGCAACGGCCUUGGUGAUGAGAGUGACGCAUAUUACGAUGGCUACGAUGGCAACAACCUACGUGCCAACGAGGGAAAUCCAAACCACCCAUCGUUCUGGAAGAAGCUAGGGAUCGAUCAUCGCCCCGAUAAUUGGAAAGCUUACGUCUCAUUCGUCGAUGACCCGAUCGUCAUGUCGGACUUAAGACGGCAGGCUGACGAACGCCCGGAUGAUUGGGUGGACCCUGCUACACACAAGCGAAGGCGAGGGCUUCUUGAGUUCAAGAUCAACCAGGCCGCCUGCAGAUCGAAAGAGGAACGAAAGGCUGCAGGCCGGGACGCAGUGAAGGUGGUGGAUGCAGCAAAGAAGGCUUUGGGCGGCCAGGCAAUGGUGCUCAAGAAUGGCAGCCAGGCAAAGAAAACUGACCUGAACACAUCCGACCUGGAUCUCAAGAUUGCCGGCACGCAGAUGACGUCGCAAACGCGAAGCCUUUUGCAGCAGGAACUUCAGAGGACAUUCAGUGGCAAGGUGGAAGUCACCAGAAAGGGUAUUCUUCGCGUGCAGGGAGAGUCUGGCCAAUUAUGCAUCGUCCCCAUGAGGGCAGACUUCUAUGACGAAGAGUUUGAGGCAACAAUUCGCCUUGGCAAGAAUGAUUUCGAGCAAAAGCCGGAAGCUCGAAAAGCUGUUCGUGCCGUCAAGGUCAAACUCCAAGAGGCGGGCGUUGAUGUCAAGGGAUACAAGGUGGAGUGCGCCGUGCAGAAAGCUGAGGCAGAAUACCCCGACGAUGACUUCUAUGACCUUGCCAGACGGGCCAUGGAUCUACUGGGCCGUGAACGGAAG